AGUCGAGAAGCAAGAAGUAGUGCAACAGAAGAUGGGAAAUGAUAGCAUCGUCACAAGAGAUGGAUCGGUUGAUUGGAAUGGCCACCCUGCCAUCAGAAGGAAAACAGGUGGAUGGUUUCCGGGGAUUCUUCUGCUAGUGAAUCAAGGGCUAGCAACCCUGGCAUUCUUCGGUGUAGGGGUGAAUCUGGUUCUGUUCAUGACCAGAGUGCUGCAGCUGGAUAAUGCGGAGGCGGCGAACCGCGUGAGCAACUGGACGGGGACCGCCUACGUAUUCUCGCUGGUGGGGGCUUUUGUCAGUGAUUCCUACUGGGGCAGAUACAGGACCUGCGCCGUGUUUCAGAUAAUCUUUCUUGCUGGGUUGCUGGAGUUAUCACUGUCAUCUUACUUCCUUCUGCUCAAAUCAUGCGCCCCUGGUGAUGGAAAACAAAAGUGUGCGCCGCCGACGAAACUCGAGAUCCUUAUAUUUUACUUAUCCAUAUACCAGAUAGCCCUAGGAAAUGGGGCCUAUCAGCCGGCCGCCACUACAUUCGGAGCGGACCAGUUCGACGAAGAAGACCCGGAGGAAGGACCGUCAAAGAUGGCCUUCUUUAGUUAUUUCUUCAUGGCUAAUAACCUCGGAACUCUUUUUUCGAACACUCUCGUCGCGUACUUUGAGGAUAAAGGGAGGUGGGUGCUGAGCUUUUGGAUAUCUUCGGCGGCCGCAUUUCUCGCAUUGGUGUUGUUCUUCGCGGCAACUCCGUGGUAUCGGCAUUUCAAGCCUGGUGGGAAUCCUCUCACAAGAGUCUCACAAGUAAUUGUUGCUGCUGUAAGGAAUUGGAAGGUUAGAGUACCUCCACAAGAAGAGAAACUAUAUGAAGUUGAUGCGAAGCACUGCGCCAUAAACGGAGGUCGAAAGAUACUGCAUACACCGGACUUCAGGUUUUUGGACAGGGCGGCAGUUGUUACAUACCCUGAAUCUCCUUCGCAAGACGAGCACCGUCCUUCGCAGCCAUGGAGCCUCUGCACGAUCACGCAAGUGGAAGAAGUCAAGUGCAUUCUGAGACUCAUUCCCAUAUGGUUCUGCACCAUAAUCUACUCGGUCGUCUAUUCUCAGAUGUCUUCAGUAUUUAUCGAACAAGGCGUGGUCAUGAAAACUUCAGUCUCCGGAUUCCACAUCCCUCCAGCAUGCAUAUCUAUCUUCGAGAUACUAGGCGUGGUAAUUUUCAUCCUUUUGUACAGAUUCUACAUCGUUACCUUCGUCUCGAGAGUAUCAAAGGGCAAGCUUAAGGGGCUAACCGAACUACAAAGAAUGGGAAUCGGGUUAGUCGUCUCAUCAAUCGCAAUGAUCUCUGCAGGAGUAGUGGAAAUACAGAGGCUGAAACAUGCUAAAAGAGCCUGCAACACCUGCAGAAGCUCGAGCUCUCUGAGUAUCCUGUGGCAGAUACCUCAGUAUGUGCUAAUCGGAGCUUCCGAAGUGUUUAUGUAUGUGGGUCAGCUGGAAUUCUUCAAUAAUGAGACUCCAGACGGAUUAAAGAGCUUCGGAAGCGCUCUCUAUGUUGCAUCGAUGUCGGCGGGGAGUUAUGUGAGCAGCUUGCUUGUGACAAUAGUGAUGGGCAUAACAAGCAAAGGCGAUCAGAUCGGGUGGAUAUCAGAGAAUCUCAACAAGGGUCACAUGGACAGGUUCUAUUUUCUACUAGCAGCACUUAAUGCUGUCGACUUGAUUUUCUUCGUCGCGUGUGCUAAGAGGUACAGAUUCAUGUUAUUGGAUGGAAAAGAGGAAGGGAAAGAUCGCGAUGGCAUGUUGGACGGCGAGGAGUGACUGAUACAAAAGUCGGCUUAUCCGUAAUUUGAUAAGAGACUUCUUACUAUAAAUAGGCUUUGUAAGUUGCGGUGAGUCCAGCUAAGCACUGCAGAUUCUGACAUCUAUGAAAGAUAUGGUAUGAAUCCGUGUUCUUUUAUUUGUCAUUCAAAGUAAGGACCUGUUUGGUUCAGCCGUGUCAGUGUAAUAUUAGAAGCUCCAAUUCGGAGCUUGUGCGUUCACACGUUAACGCAUGUCGGGUUGUCA